AUGGCGGUGGGGAACAUCAAUGAGCUGCCUGAGAACAUCCUGCUCGAGUUGUUCACACACGUGCCUGCCCGCCAGCUGCUGCUGCGCUGCCGCCUGGUCUGCAGCCUCUGGCGUGACCUCAUCGAUCUCGUGACCCUCUGGAAGCGCAAGUGCCUGCGUGAGGGCUUUAUCACCGAGGACUGGGACCAGCCUGUGGCCGACUGGAAGGUCUUCUACUUCCUCCGCAGCCUCCACAGGAACCUCCUGCAUAACCCAUGUGCCGAAGAGGGGUUUGAAUUCUGGAGCCUGGACGUGAAUGGAGGCGAUGAGUGGAAGGUGGAAGAUCUCUCCAAAGACCAGAGGAAGGAAUUCCCCAAUGACCAGGUCAAGAAAUACUUCGUGACUUCUUAUUACACCUGCCUCAAGUCCCAGGUGGUGGAUCUCAAGGCCGAAGGGUACUGGGAGGAGCUGAUGGACACCACAAGGCCAGAUAUCGAGGUCAAAGACUGGUUUGCAGCCAGGCCAGACUGCGGGUCCAAGUACCAGCUGUGUGUUCAGCUCCUGUCGUCAGCACACGCACCUCUGGGGACCUUCCAGCCAGACCCAGCAAUGAUCCAGCAGAAGAGCGAUGCCAAGUGGAGGGAGGUCUCCCACACUUUCUCCAACUAUCCGCCCGGCGUCCGCUAUAUCUGGUUUCAGCACGGCGGUGUGGACACUCACUACUGGGCUGGCUGGUAUGGCCCGAGGGUCACCAACAGUAGCAUCACCAUCGGGCCCCCACUGCCAUGACACCCCCAAGCCCCCAGCCACCUAAUCCCAACUGAAAAACUGCUGUCAGAGAAGGGCUGGGCUUGGGAAAGGGAGGUAGAGGCCAGGCACCCCCAGACCUCCUAGUUAAUCUUUGCCCCCAGCUCCCCAAUUGCCACUUUGUGGAGCCUCUUUGUUUGUGCAGCCUUCAUAUGUUAUGGGUAGCUAGUUCUCUGCCAGGGGUCUCAGUCUGAAUGAUGGGGCCCCUGAGGUUAGGGAGGCACAGGUCAUUCCCCCAGGCUCCUCCCCCUAUCACCUCUGAGGGAGGGUCUCCAAGCUCUGCUGGUGACCCAGAUCUGAGUGUCUACCUUCUCUCCCUGGGCCACUUUCUCACUGUCUUCUUUGAGGGCCCUCAGAGCAGGGACAGUCAGGACUUCCGGCAAGCCUGUGACUGCCCUAUGUAGUCAGAUGCUGGGAGGUAACCGUGUAGCUCAGACAGGUCUAGGAGUGGAAAGAGGGUUCUGCUGGCCCAUCCUCUGCCCCCUUCUCUACCACCCUCAAACUCUCUGACUCUGUGCCCCUACUCAGGGAGGUGGCUUUGGCCCAGAGGCUCAGGCCUGGUCUGAGAUAGGCCCAGUGGGUGGGGUCCUGGCCAGGUCUAGACAGUCUUCACUGUCAGGGAAGCCCCAGAAGCCACAUAGGUAUUAAGUGGGGGCAGGGCUCUCCAAAAGACCCCCCUGGAACUCUGUGCAGGGUAAGCCAGGGCAGGUGGGAGUGGGGGUAGUGCCAGGACUGGUCCCUGAGCACCGGGAUAUGUGACCCCUGAAUGAGUAGGAUGGGGGUUUUCAAGAACCACCUGUCUGCCUCCAUGCCUAGACCACACUCUCUGGAGCUUGGAGAGCAUUCCAGGGCCCCACCCUGCCCUCAGAACUACCAUUCCCAGGACCUUCCCACCCUGCCUGCCCACGUUCCCACCUCUCCCUCCUGCUGGAAAGAGAGCUGUGCUCUGGUCCUACCCCUGCUGCAUGUGGCCAAAUAAAAGG